AUGGAGUCUCCCGACUCGCUCACCAGAGGUCCGGUCACACCGAUCGACACCGACAAGCUCACCAAAGAGACGUCUCCAACCGACGUCUUCAAGACCACGACGCUGCACAAGAUUGACACCUCCGACUUCCCCGAGCUGCCAGAACCAUGGUGGAGCAAGUACCUCCUCAAUCCGUACAACGAGAAACGAGUGCUCAACCUCUCAGCUUUCCAGAUGAAAUGGGCGGUCCAAAUCGUAGCAGGUGUAGCCAUCCUGUUCUUCGGGUACGAUCAAGGAGUCAUGAGUUCGGUCAAUGAGUCGAAAGACUACCUUCGCCUCAUGGGGACCGCUUCUGGCGUCAACGGGAAACAGACCGAAAGGGACUCGGCUGCGGUGGGAGGUAUCGUAGCGAUCUACUACCUCGGAACGCUGAUCGGCGGUAUGCUGGCAGGCUACAUGGCCGACAGCGCUGGUCGAAUGAGGACCAUCAUGUUCGGCUCCUUUUGGAUCCUCCUCGGCGCUAGCUUGCAGGCUUCUGCUCAGAAUAUCGCAUGGAUGAUGGUGAGCAGAACCCUGACCGGAAUCGGUACGGGUAUCUACAACUGUUGCGUGCCCGUAUGGGUCGCGGAGAUCUCGAAGCAUGACAAGCGUGGCCAGGCGAUAGGUUUCGAGUUUACAGCCAACAUUGCCGGUCUUGCUCUGGUGUACUGGAUCGGUUUCGCGGUCAGAGACAUGGAAACCGGCGGGUUCAACUGGCGCUUCCCUCUUGCCUUCCAACUGGUCUUUGUUCUCGCGCUCAUGGCCGCCCUGCCCUUCUUCCCCGAAUCGCCUCGAUGGUUGGCCAAGAUGGGUCGAGUCGACGAAGCACGCCGCAUCCUCGCUCGACUGCGUUCGAAUCCGUACGACGAGCAGGAUGCCGAAGUCAGCCGCGAGCUCGCCGAAAUCCUUGCUGUUGCGAAGGUCGAACGUGUCCGACAGGAAAACGGCGAAGACGGCUUCAUCCGAAUGUUCGUCACCUCUGCUGGCAAACUUCACAUCCGUCGUCGAAUCGUGCUCGUCGUGUGGCUGCAGAUCUUGCAAGAACUAGCCGGUAUCGGCGUCAUCACCGUCUACGCCCCCACGGUGUUCCGGUCCGGAGGGUUCACCGAUACCCUCGCUCGACUUCUGUCUGGAUUCAACGACGUCUCGUACAUGUUUUCCGUGCUCAUCGCUGUCUUCCUACUCGAUCGUACCGGAAGACGCAAAACGUUGUACUGGGGAAACAUCGUCAUGGGUAUCUCGCUGCUCAUCGCCGGCGUAGCUGCCAAAUACGCACUUGAAUACGGCGCCGGUUCGGCCAUGGAGAAUCUCCCGCUGGCGAAGCGAUGGGGUGCCGCGUUGGCUGCGAUGGUCUUCCUCUACACGGCGACGUUCGGUGCAACAUGGCUGAGCGUGCCGUGGUUGUAUCCGACCGAAGUGUUCCCGCUGUUCAUCCGGGCCAAAGGUGGAAGUUGGUCGGUGUUCGGUUGGAGUAUCGGUAACGGAAUUGUGACUGAGAUCACGCCGUUCUUGUUCAACGCGAUCAGCUACAACACAUUCUUCCUGUUCGGAGCGCUCAACUUCUUCUGCAUGCCGUUCGUUUGGGCUUUCUACCCAGAGACGAGUUGCAGAUCACUCGAGUCGAUCGACGAGCUGUUCGAGGGUGACUCGGCUUUCAUUGCCUUUGACAAGCGUCUCACUUCCGUAGGGAGGGUCAAGAGCGUGGAUGAAGAGAGUGACGCUAAACACGCUGGCGACUUGUAA